UCCAACACUGACUUCUUCACCGGCGUCACUCGAGCAGGCGUAUGUGAAUUCGUACAUUUUCAUUUAAGCAAGAGUUUUUCGGGCAACAGCACUAAGCUGUGCAAAAAAGUGAAACUAGCCAACAGGCUUUAAUAUAUUCUAUACUCGAAUAGUGUAAGCGCCUUCUAAAUUAGCAAUGGGCAAGAAAUCAGACAAUCCUGAAGUUACUAGCAACGACUCUGAGGAGGAGGAGGAGGCAGAAUACGCCGUAGAGAAGAUAAUCGACCGGCGCGUGCGAAAAGGAAAGGUGGAGUACUACCUAAAGUGGAAGGGGUAUGCCGACACCGAGAAUACAUGGGAGCCGGAGAGCAAUCUGGACUGCCAGGACCUCAUCCAGCAGUAUGAGCUGAGUCGCAAGGACGAGGCGGAGAAGGCGGCUCCUUCGAAAAAGGAUCGCCCUAGCAGUAGCAACAAAGGAAAGGACACUUCGGCACGGUCCAGCACAGCGUCUACGUCCUCAAACAAGCGAAAGUCCGAGGAACCGGCACCUGUAAGCGCAAAAUCUAAACGCACAGUGGAAGCGGACCAGGAUAGCGGCGAUUCCAUGACUUCUAGUUCAACUGGUUUUGAUCGCGGCCUUGAGGCUGAGAAAAUACUCGGGGCAUCCGAUAACAAUGGACGUUUAACAUUCUUGAUUCAAUUCAAGGGAGUGGACCAAGCCGAAAUGGUGCCCUCGACAGUGGCCAAUCUCAAGAUUCCCCAAAUGGUGAUUCACUUUUACGAGGAGCGCCUGUCGUGGUACUCCGACAAUGAGGACUAGGAUUCGCAUACUACCAAAUCUAAGAACAUAGAGUUUAUUGGUCAUGAGAAGAGAUAAUCCCUCGAGUAGUUUUAGCCAUUUACCCCACAAUCGUACCGAUCAUAGCACACGGAAGUGCGAAAACCAUUAUUAUUUUUAUUUCCCAUCUUCAUGUUGUGUUGACAAGAUUUGUAACUUUCAAUGAUUAAAGCCAACAUAUAAUAUUCUAAA